UUUCUCCAUUCAAUGGCCAGAAAGAGAGGCAGAACUUUCAAAAAGAGUCAAAAAAUCACGAAGGAUGCUCAGGAGAAGCAUCAAGUGGAAAAGGAAGAUGAUAUAUUAAUCAAGCAAGAAGCUCAAUUAUUGUCCCAUCUUUUUCUAGUUGAACGUCAAAGUGCUGCAAUUAGGGCCAUUCGUGAUGUGGAGACCGAACAAUUACUAACUCAGCUGCGUUUGCUUCGGUCGAAUUUCAAUGAAGAGCAGCUGCAAAUUCCAGUAAUGCAAUUUUUUAGGGAAAACCUUCCGAACCUGGCUGUUACUAGGAAAGAGGAUGGCACUCAUGAAGUGAAAUGGAAAGAGGCUGAUGAUAAUCUAAGCAUCGACCUACUUGAUGGAAGAAAUCUGCAUGCUUCUCUUCUACAACAGCUGUCAAUGGCUUACUCUGAUUGCUCCAAUGCCAUACCAUCAUUUAGUGGAUUUGGACUUUCAAGCAAAUCCGUUAAAGCAACUCUCUUUGGUGCUGAAAACAUGCAGAUCAAGCAAUUCGUUCUAGAAGAAUUGUCUGAUGCUCAGAUGUUUGAGCUGCUGGAUACUCAUCAGACUCCUGGUGUGAAUAACAAUCAGUUAUCUGUUGGGAUGACACCCAAAACUCUAAGGCUUCCUAAGACUGGAGAAGUGCUUCUAUCGGUGCAUGGCUCUCCUCUUGGUGUUUUCAAGGAAGAUAACAUGGAACCAAUACAUGCUUUGGUUAGCAGAUGCUGUGCGAAGUAGCAUAUACUAGGUGAAGUAGUUGGUGCAUGCAUGUUGGCCCGACAACACCGUUAUCCAAAAUAAAAAAGAAUGCUGAUGAGAUAAGACGGGUAAAAUACAGGUGGCUCAGUCACAUUUUCUUUUCUCCAUUUUGGUUCAUUUAGCAUUUUCUUUCGGUUGUAUAUAAAUACUGCAAGUCAAAUAAUGUAUUUUCUUAGCUCAUCUCUUUUGUAAGCUUGUGAGUUUUCACAAUUAUUGUCCAGUUAAAAAAAGUCAAUAAGGUGCUUCGGGUUA